GCAGAGAAAUUUGGUUAAGAGAAGCACCACGACUGACUCAGCGACUUCUAACAGCUGUAUGAGGUGAAACCUGGACGCAGACAGUGUGUUGCACAGCAGACUGGCUGGAGUUACACAUAGCUGAGGAGGACUUGAUCAAGUAUGUAUGGCCCGUUCACUGUCCGUCGGGAGCGUGUUCCUGACCUCUCCUGCCUGCAUCAGUACAGUGAGUGGCUGGCCAGCAGACACGAAGCCAGCCUACUUCCCAUGAAGGAAGACCUCGCUCUGUGGCUCAACACUAUUCUGGGAAUGAAUAUAACAGCGGAGAACUUCAUGGAAAUGCUGGAGACUGGAGUUGUGCUCUGCCAGCUGGCUGAAGAGUUACAGGAGAGGAUGAUUCUGGCUAACAAUGGCAAGCCUUUCAUACGGCGUGUGAUUCACUGGAGAGCUGAUGCAGCUCCUGGUUCAUUUUUUGCCCGAGACAACACGGCCAACUUCCUGUACUGGUGCCGUAAAAUCGGCGUAGGCUCAUCCCAUCUUUUUGAGUCAGACGAUCUGGUUCUUCGACGGCAUCCAUGGGAUGUGUGCCUGUGCCUCAUGCAGCUGGGAAGAAUUGCCUCAAAGUAUGGUGUUGAACCACCCGGUUUGGUCAAACUGGAAAAAGAGCUUGCGAAAGAAGAAUUUGGUUCUUUAUCCCCAUCCAUGUUCUUUGCUUCACCAUUACCAUCCCCCUCCAGUCCUCUUUUUUUUCCCCCUGCUCCAUCACCACCUCCUUCUUCCUCUCUCUGUCCUUUUCCUGCCUCCAUCUCUCCAUCCACACCACCUGCCUCUCCACCUUCAUCCAUCCACCUCCCUCCAUCCCCUCCUCCAGACUCUGCCUCUGCCCCAGUCCCGCAGUCUGAACCUGCGCCUGAACCUGAACCCGAACCCGAAUCUGAGCCUGAGCCUGAACCUGAACCUGAGCACAUCUCACCCAAUCCCCGGUCACCUGUUCAAACACCCACACCCACCUCCACCUCACACCGCCUGAGUAAAUCCAAUGGAAAAAAUAGCAAAGACAGCCUGAUGGAUGAUAUAGUGAAGCAGAUUUCAGAAGAUCCACCAUGCAGAUGUGCAGUCAGGUUCUGCAUUGAGAAACAACCCAAAGGCCGCUACCGAAUGGGGGAUAAAGUGCUGUACGUGAGGAUGCUGAAUGAUAAGCACGUUAUGGUGCGUGUUGGUGGAGGCUGGGAAACACUCGGGACGUACCUGCUAAAGCAUGACCCAUGCAGGACAGCUUUGCUGAAAAGCUGCAAGCCCAGCAGCAAGUCACACAGCACCAAGGAGCCUUCACGGGACAGUUACCUGGUUGUAGGGACUCCCUCACGCCUCAAAAAACAAAUGUCACAACCUUGAUUUAUGCAGAAGGUAACAGACACAAUCAAUCAGCAGUCAUGCCUUGUAUUGCUGUCUCUGUUGUAUUUUUGGUUUCAGGGUGGAGACCUCAACAGGUAAGACUGAGACAUGGAUCUGGAAGGGAAGCUGAUAGCCCAGGUGGCUUGAAGGUGGAUUCAGCAUUAUUACAAUGGGAAAAUAUAUAUAUUUUUAAAAGAAAUAAGAUACUAUAAGUAAGUGUCUUAUUAAAAGAAAAUAUAUUUGCUUUUUAAUCUAAAAGCAUAAGGGCAGGAUAUCUCUCUCUCUCUCUCUCUCGCUCUCUCUGUUAUAUAUAUUUCAGCUGACAUUGACUUUGUGCUUUUACUCUUGAGAAUGUGUAGAAGGAAUGCAUACGUUUAACUGUCAUAUGAUUUGUGGAUCAAAUGUGUCAUCCACUGAUAAACUACAGUAUGGAAUACUGUUUUAUAUAUAUAUUUUAACAUUUUUUAAAUAUAAUAUUUAGCUUCAAUACAAGUAUUUUACAUCAAUCUUUUGUUUAUGUCUAGCAUCUGGAUGAAUUUGUAAAAUUAUGCAGUUGAGUGGCUAAUUACCUAUUUUUGUUUAAGAAUGUAAUGCCCUCACUAUUUUCCUUACAAAUGUAUAUGCUGUAUGUAUAUUUCUAAAUGUAUGUAUAUACAUAAAUAAUUUGAUAAUUUUAACAAAUAAUGGACAUUGUCUCAAAGCAGCUUUACAGAAAUAUAUAUAUUCAGAAUAUAGAUGAUUUUAAAUGUAUGAAUUUAUCCCUUAUUAUCUCAUUACAGUAACACCUGUCAAAGGGUGGGAUAUAUUAUUCAACAAACGAUGAACAGUUAGUUCUUGAAGUUGAUGUGUUGGAAGCAGGAAAAAUAGGCAAGCGUAAGGAUCUGAGUGACUUUGACAAGGGCCAAAUUGUGAGGACUAGACAAGUGGGUCAGAGCAUCUCCAGAGAAGAUCCUCUGUGGUGUACAAAUGUGUACAUAUCUUUCUGCAAUAAUGGUGAACUCACAGAUGUGCAAGUUACCCAUACCAUGGGCACUGACACACCCCCAUACCAUGACAGAUGCUGGCUUUUGGACCUGACGCUGAUAACAGCUUGGUUUUCAGCCUUACCCUUUACGCACCGAGAUUUGACUCUGAACCUUUUAAUUAAAUUGUGCACUGUAGAAGGUGAAAUGCCCCAAAUCCUACCGAUGUGUCUUUGGGUAAUGCUGUUCUCAAAGUGUUGGAUUAUUUGCUGAUGCAUCUCUUGGCAGACUGGUGAUCCUCGACCCAUCCUUACUCUUAUGGUAAAUGGCCUGCACAUAUAUAGCACUUUUUCACAUACCAAUUCACAUACCAAUGAUACAGAGCUAGCUUGCCAUCUGGAGCAACUUGGGGUUGCUCUACCACCUGAGCCACAGCUGCCCUAGUCUUGAAGGAGUAGGCCUUUUUUGGAGGCUUUUUUUCACAUCACCUUUUUAUUUCAACUAGUCACAUUGCUAUUAGACUUAAAUUUCCUCUGUCCCAACUUUUUUGGAAUAUGUUGCAUGCAUCAAUUUCAAAAUAAACAUUUAUCUUAAAAAAAAAAACUAUGCAGUUGAUUAGGUAAAACAUCAAAUACCUUAUCUUUAUAAGUCAAAGUACAUUUACAAAUCACUCCUUGUUGUUUCUAUUAGCAUUUUCCAUACUGUCCCGACUUUUUUGGAAUUGGGAUUGUAAAUUAGCAUACUCAUUUGCAUAUUGCCAUGUAAUUGGAUGUAAAGCAGAGAAGAUUGCAUCACCCAUAAUACAUGAGCCUCACCUUUUCUGGGAUGCUCCAGAAGCAUUUACUCCAGCCACCUGUUCCCGAUAGCAUCCCACUUCAACUUCUCCAUUUCUCCACAACAAGCACAGGGACAAGCUGGAUUCAAACUAGCAAACUCAGAGUGCAGAGGCAAGGCUUUUACCAGAGAGUCACCAAUAGUGUCAUACUGCCUUUGUGUUUUAAAAUGACACCCAUAAAAACAAAACUCAAAAAAACAAAAGAAAAAAAAACACAUACACAAAAACCAUUUUUGUCUCUUUCUUCAUUACAUCCAUUUUAUUUUCUCCUCAAGCCUCAUGUAUAUUCAAUCUCAAACGUGCUGUGGUAUUUGGCACCGAGACAUUAGCAACAGAUUCUUUAAGCCCUGACAGUUGGCGGGGACUUGUUGUCCAGCACAUCCCACAGAUGCUCGAUUGAGAUCUGGGGAAUUUGGAGGCCAAGUCAACACCAUGAACUCUUUGUCAUAUUCCUCAAACCAUUCUUGAACAAUUUCUGCAGUGUGGCAGGGCG